AUGGCCAUCGCGAACCCGCUUGAGUUGAAGUCUACAAAACCACUUACACCUCCACCAAGUGACGAGAAUUUUCCUCGACCAAAAGUACGAUCGGGUGAUCUAUGUGUUGGUUGCAUUGUCUGGUUACCUUCAGAGGGUUUCGACAAGAGCAUUAAAUGCUGCAAAAGAAAUUGUUGUGGAAAGGGACUUGGAGAAGAUGGAUACAAUAAUCCUGUUGUCGUUCUCAAAAUUAGACAAAGAAAAGGCUCGAGUAUACGCGGCGAUCUAAUUUGCUACGUUGCUACCAUUACCACUUUCAAUGAUUUGAAUUUGGAAAAUUAUCUGUCGAAAUGUCCACACAACUCUGAAUUCCAGCAAUCAUUACCUAUUAGUCCGAUAGAUCAGGAUAGCUGCGUCGAAAGUACACCUUCAUGGCUUCUUCGACUGCAAAAGGGAGCGCUCAAGAAACAAUCCUACAUUGAUCUUGCUCACAUUUUCAAGGUGCCUUCCAACAGCCUCUCCACAUUUGGCUUCCGAAAUCAUCGAGCUUAUAAACUUCGACUCUCAGCCACAAGCUAUAACAGCCUAAUGGCGGAAAUGGGUCUUCGAAACGAGCCCUACGAAGAAACCGCUUCGCUUUACAAGACUGCGCGAGCACGUCUCGAGGCACUUGCUUCUCAAAAUAGGCAAAUUCCAUCUCUAAUAUCAAAAACAGCAGAGGUAUCAUUUACCCUUCAAAAUGAAAUAGAUAUGGAGAAGAAGAAAUACCCCACUACUCCCUUCCCAGUUGCCGCACCGGAUUGCCCUCAUGCUAAAACUGCUCCAACAUCUCCUCUUCUCCCGUUAGGCCAACGAAGAAAUGUCAGGUUUACCUUGAAUGAGAUACCUAAAUCAAAGAGUCUCCUCAAUGUUCCACGUGUGGCUGGUUAUGGGACGGUCAACAGUCAGCAACUGCUUACUCCAUAUCCGAUUCAGCCGCCUACUCCAUUGACGGCUCGAUAUCAUUCUUUCAGACCGUUUGUCGAUCAUGGAUGGAAAACUGUUGCUCUGAGAUUCUGCGUAGGGUGUUUAGGUCUUGGGACAGUAUUUGGAGCUUUCAAGAUGUUGUGGUCGGCAAAGGUUUUUCCGGUUGAUUUUUGA